GUUAUAGAUAAACUUGUAUGUUCCAUAGCGGUGUGCGUAUGGCAUAAUCUCAAAGUGUACAUUGGGCAGAUCGGGUUAUAUGUGGUGAAGGUGGCUGUCGCAACAGUUGAACGCAUAACCUCGAAGAUGUGCUACACGCGACCAAAUAUCACCAAAUGAAUAAGGCAGGAUGAGUUUAUUGCCAAACUAAUAACAUUAAAGGCCUUUGCUGACUAUCCCGUUGACACUAAUUACAUCGCACGAGAUGGUUAGGGCGUACAUCGUCGCCCCGGAUUUCUCGACAGCCCCACCACCCGACGGUCCUGUCGAACUCGGCCACAUCCUAAAAAACGUUUUCGAGUUUUCUCCCUUAAACGAAGGCCAAAGAAUCGAUAUCCCAAACCGACUGCCAAUUGACGAGAAACGAGGCUUUAAGACAACCCGCUCCAAAAUCCUCGGCGGGACCUUUGGUGUUUUCGCCGAGGUACUAGCCAUUCUAGGCUUUGGCAUUGAGGCUCACGCCGAAUACAAAAGAGAGGCGGAUGACGUCCUCUCCAUAGACCGUCUAGAAACCCUCGCCUUUAACCCGACCGAUGAAUACGUGAAGAAGAGCAUGGAAACGGAUGGAGUCAAGAUAUAUACAAAUGCUACAAAGAAUAAGAAACCUGUCUUUAUGAUCACGGGAAUAAAGAUUGCUCGUGGGGCAUCACUUGAGACCAAACGGUCCACCACGGUAGGUGGAAGACUCAAGUUAGGAUUCAGCGCGCCCGGUAUGCCUGGGGAUAUCGGACCUGAAGCUGGCUUGACGAAAGGCCAGUCGGUUGGAGAGUCCUUUGAGGGUUCGACAGACUUCAUCCUCGCGAUACGAGUAAGGCAAAUCAAGUACAAGAAAGCGGAGAUUGUGCACGACGUCUAUUAUAGAGGGGCGACGAUGAUGGAUGGGAAAACUGGGCAAGAGUAUGAACUUGAGGAUCUUGGCGAGGAGUUUGCGAUAGAGGAUCUACGUUUGAAAUGUGAUAUUACCAAAAUGGAAGGGGAAACAGGCAAAGACGAGAUCGAAUCCGUGUGGAUACCUACCACAUGCCUUUAACUAUAUGGCUAGGUCUUUGUCACUACUAACGUGACUUGGGUGACGAAGUAGCGCCCUAACGAUGACCUGAAAACAUAAGCUCUAGCCAAUAACCAUCGCGAACAUCGACCUUUCGGGAAGGCCUCGAAACUUAAAUUCCGAUAUACCCCGCUUUUGCCCCAUUUUCACAUGCAUGACCCCAUCACCAUAGCUCAAAUUAAUGGGGUAUUUGUUCUGAUGCAGCCCAAAUUAUAAUGUUGGGUUUUUUGAAAGACUGCAUAUAAAAAGGAUGGCUUCCAACGCAGUUGUGGGAUA